AUGAUGUCAUGGUUUAAAAUAUUCACUAUUUUCAUUGCUUUCUCAUCAGUAACUAUUGCGGAUGAUCCAUGUCGAUAUCAGACUGAAAAAGGAGUGAUUGAUUUAUCGUCAUUAGCACGAACGGAUGACAAAGCAAAAUAUCCCGAUAAAGUACCGGCUACUGGAUCUGGCUAUAAAUAUAGCUACAACCCAUGUAAACCAUUUACUGAACUACCUUCUUGCCAAGGAGUAGCCGGUUGCCAAGUUUCGACGGAUGGAAAAUAUAGCUUUUCCAUUGGUAAACAAGAAACUGCAAAGUGGAAUCCAGGAGGAAUCGGUGGUAGUCCUACGGUUACCUACACAGAUGGUCCAAAGACUUUAGUUGUUACAUUAGUAUGUUCGAAGGCUGGAACUGACGAACUAGAAGCUCUAGGUGAAUCUAGCACAAAUAACUAUAAAAUGCGUUUAACAAACAAAUGUGCUUGUUGGGAUGGAUGUGGAGGAACUCCACCGCCACCGCCACCGCCACCACCACAACGAAAUUGCUCAAUGCAUGGUCAUGUGUACACAUCGGACAAAGAAAUUAUUCAAUCGACCUUGCUCGAUAUCGCUAUCAAUCCUUCGCAACCGUCACCAACUACUUCCAGUUAUGCAGUAGUUGACAAAUAUGGAGCUGUAAUCGAACUAUAUUUGAUUGGUAUUGAUGAUGUACCAUCUGUUUUCUUCUGCUUACAAAGUUUGCAGGUGCUCUCGAUCAUAGGUUGUACUAACCUAUCAAUUCCAUCGGAGCUCCUUCUUCUUGCUGACACUCUCGCAUCGUUCACUGUGGCUAACAUUUCAACAUCGCUCACACUUCCGCCUGAAUUAUUCAACAUGACUAUUCUAUCAACGCUCUCUAUUAUCAAUUCGAGCCUGACAGCAUUAUCCGAAGACAUCAUCAAUCUUGAUAAACUCACUGAAUUGACUCUCGAUCAAAAUCAACUUACUAGUCUUCCUACUGCUUUGGGUAAAAUGGCGUCUCUUAAAAGGCUGUCUGUUAGUAAUAAUCUUCGACUUGCUUCGCUCAAUGCUCUCAACGGAUCAACGUCGCUAACAACAUUACAAGGAUCGCACUGUAUUAUUACAAACCUUCCACCCAACAUUCUGAGUUUGAGUACAAUCGAACUGAACAAUAAUCUACUCACAUCUCUCGAUGGACUAAAUAUAAUUGAAUCGAAUUCUACUAUUUCAAUGUCAUUUGCAAACAACAGUAUUAACUCAAUUUCAAAUGACUUCUUCAAUAAUAUGCAAACAAUUGAAUACUUAGAUUUAUCUGGAAAUCAGCUCUCAAAGCUACCUGUUUCAAUUUAUCCGGCCAAAGGUUUUCAAAUACUCAAUCUUCGCAAUAACGUUUUCGGACAUCAGGAAACCGAAUGGGUACAAGGUAUAUUUCGACCGACGAAUAGUACCGUCAUUAUGUGA